GCAUAGAAAACGUUUCGCACUUUAUCAAUAAAAUAUUUCGUAAGAUUUUAAGGACAAACUAACAAAAGUUUACAUAAAAUUUCUAUAUCAAUAUAGCGAAAACAAAAAUUUAAUAUACAUUGGUGUAAGCAUUUACUUGUGAAUAAGAUAUUGUCAACUUAAGAAAUACCUGACAUUUAUCAAAUAUGCCUGGAACUGGAUUGAUAUUGGCAGGGCUUGGACUCGCAGCAAUUGGAUAUGGGGGUCGCUUUUUAAAAAGAUAUGCCAAAAAUGCUGAGAAUCUUUACAAGAAAGUAGAAACUCUUCAGUCUGGGGCCUUAAGUGGGUAUUACCGUGGUGGUUUUGAACAGAAGAUGACCAAAAGAGAAGCAUGUCUUAUUCUUGGAGUAAGCCCAUCCUCUUCACAAGCAAAAAUUAAGCAGGCUCAUAAAAGAAUUAUGCUUUUAAAUCAUCCUGAUAGAGGUGGUUCGCCACUAAUCGCAACAAAAAUAAAUGAAGCCAAAGAUUACUUAGAGAGUAAAAAGCCAUGAAAGUAGACCUCUGUGUAUAUGUGUAUAUCAUCAGACUGUGAUAUGUCUUCCUUGUAAAGAAAAUACAGAGAAAGCAGAGAACAAUUGGUGAAAAAAAAACAACACUAAAACAAUAUGCCCAAAAAUGGUGAAUAUGUUAUUAUGUAAUGAAUGAUGGGCUUUUAGUUUUCUAAAAAAUUUUAUUUUUAUUUUUUUACUGAACAUGAAAGUCACACUAAUUUGCAGUUUAUGCCAUUUGUAUUACAUGUAUUUACAUAAAAAUAAGAUAAUAGACAAACAUAUUAAUAUUCAUGUAACCUAUUAUAAAUCGAAAAAUACUUUAUUAUUUAGUCCAUUUGGAAUCAUAGUAUUUAAUUUAUGGAUCCAGAAAGAUUCUUUACAUAACCGGUCCAUGUUGUUUUCUAUAAUUUCUAUAGGUAAAAGUGAAAAAUCUGACAAUGAGCACUUAUUAUCGUUUGAUCCGAAAUGGAACGCAACAUGUGAAACUGGAUUAACGUCACAAUUUCUUAUAUCAAAUCUAUGUUUAUUCAUUCUGCAUGAUACAUUUUGAUUAGUCUGACCUACGUAUUGCUUUUUACAGCCUUUACAUGUAAUGAGGUAAAUUACAUUACGCGUAGUACAGUUAACAUCAUUGUGUAAAUCAAAAGAACUACCUGUUAUGCUGCUAUUAAAUUGGGAACCAACAAUUAUAUUGUUACAAUGUGAACAUCUACUUCGUAAACACUGGCUAGAUGAAAAUGUGCGAUCAAGUAAAGCACUUCUCAUAAGAUAAUCUCGAAUGUUUUUAGGACGUCUAUAUGCUAAAAUAGGUUUGAACUUGGUAUGUAUAUUUUUAACGCUUACCUUAUCAGACAAAAGUAAUAGAUCCCAAUAUUUAUUUAAGAUUUCACCAAUAUUAGGCAGAGAUGUAUUAAAACAGACAGUAAAAGGUUUUAUUGAACUAGUAUUUUUAACAACAGGACUUAGAGCAUCAUUUUGGGACAUGCCUUCAAUUUUAGUAAACGCUUUCUCAAUAAUAGAUUUAGGAUAAUUUCUAUCAGAAAAAUAUCUAUUUAACGUAUCUAAAGACUGCUUAAAAGUAGCGUCAUAGGAAAUUAAUAUGUUUGUCUAUUAUCUUAUUUUUAUUAACACUGUCUAAUAGACAUCUGUAUCACUGUUGAUCCAUUUUAAUUCAUGUACCAGCUUUAUUUAUAGCAUAAAUAUUUGUUUCUACAUGUUAUCAUAGUUUUGCCGCUAAACGCCAUAACGUUUUUCGCGCGUUUAAUGCGUGUUCCGUUAUGACGUUGCUUCCGGUAAUUUUAUUAUGUUUUGCACUGAUGAAGGCAUAUAGCCGAAACGUUUGCAAUUAAAUUUAAUUACUAAAUGUUCGUGUUUGUGUGGCUUGUCUGAUUAUGUAUUUACAUAGAAAUAAAAGAAACAUUUUUCUUGUAAUAUAACAUAUCAUGGAGUUUAUAGUUAUCUGUACGUUGUUAUAUCAUUAGGCUAUAACCACUCUUAUCAUUCCCUAUACCAUUUUCAUUUAUUAACUGACAUCUGAUCAUAUUAUCACUGUCAUAGUAGUUUUUGGUCUUACAGCUUCCAACAAUAGGUAAAAUAAAUUCUGUAUAAACUUAGCUUGCAUGUUUUGAAGAAAAAUUUUAGCUGUCAUGAUCACUGUGAUGGCUUCAUUGUUGUUGUUGUUGUUCAAAGACUUUACUAUUGCCCAUUUCUCAAACAAUUAUAUUAAUAAUAAAGGUAGCAAUAUUAAUCCCUUGAGUACUUGCUUAUCAUGAAAAGAGGCAGUUGUAAGAAAAGGGGUGUAAUUCUUGAAGCUAUAUUUUUAGAGUUUUGUCCCUUUUUUACAUAGAGUUUUGUCAAAAGUUGUACGAGACCAGCAUAAUCACUGCAUGCAGUGGUCUUUUUCACUGGUUUGGUAUAAAUGCCAUUAGGUCAAGAUUGCCUAGGUUUUAAAAAAUUUAAAAUAGCCUUCCCUCAUUGUUAAGCCAUGAUGUUAGCAUUUUCAAAGUGAGAUGGGAAAGAACCAAUCUCCAUUAUCAAUGCAUGCAUGUAUCUUUAAGCACUUUAAAAGUGGAUAGAUUUGUAAUAAGAUGCUAGCCAAGCGAGAAAAAUACAGAUAAUUUGAUAAUUAGUUGUUAUCAUCAAGGCAUGUACAUCAAUAAUUUUUUGUCAAACAUCAUGAUAUGGAUAAAUUGUUGCUGUUUUUGAUUUGUAAUGAAGUGUUUUGAAUCAAGGAAAUGAGGUUUUGAAAUAAAAAGGUUUUUGAAAUAUC